ACAGCUGCUAAUAGCACGUGAGCUAAUGAUUAGCAGCGCAGGAGGAGUCAUGCUCAGGUCAAAGUAGAAACACUGUCUCAUUUCAUCAUUUAUUUCGAAGAAAAGCAUGGCAGAGGUUUUUUCCCGCUUGAAUAUGUUUAGAAUCGGGUGGAAAGGCGUACAAUUGAGCAGGAAAGUCACUAAUGCAGCUGCUUCUGCGCAGACGCAGCGCCGCUACAGCACAGAUGUGUGCGAACAGGAUCGCAGCUUGUUCGGGCUUCUGUUUGACAUUGACGGGGUGCUGGUACGUGGACGGACGCCCAUCCCUGCAGCCAAACAGUGUUUCAGGAGUCUGGUUGACAGCGAUGGAAAGUACAGGGUUCCUGUGGUGUUCGUGACAAAUGCAGGAAACUCACUCCGAGAAAUCAAGGCAGAGCAGCUGUCUCACCUUCUGGAGGUUGAGGUGUCACCAGACCAGGUGGUGCUGUCCCACAGUCCUCUGCGGGUUUUCACUCAGUUCCAUGACCUGUGCGUGCUGGUGUCCGGACAGGGACCCGUGGUGGAAGUUGCACACAAUGUAGGUUUCAAGAACGUUGUGACCAUUGACAUGCUAAGGGAGGCGAAUCCUCUUCUGGAUGUAGUGGAUCACAAUCGCAGACCCAAAGACAUGAUUCCCCUAUCUAAAAAUUUGCCACCAAUAGACGCUGUCGUCCUGUUCGGUGAGCCUAUCAGGUGGGAGACCAACUUACAACUGAUCACUGAUGUGCUGUUGACCAAUGGGAGGCCGGGAAAGCCCGUGACAUCACUGCAUUACCCACACAUCCCCGUGCUGGCCUGCAACAUGGAUCUGCAGUGGAUGGCUGAAGCCAAAAACCCUCGAUUCGGUCACGGCAUGUUCCUUGUGUGUCUGGAGAACAUCUAUAAGAAGAUAACAGGCUGUGAACUGAAGUACGAGGCUCUGAUCGGGAAGCCCAGCGUUGUGACUUACAACUACGCCGAACUGCUCAUUAGAAAACAGGCCGAGAAACUGGGCUGGACCCGACCGGUCGAGAGGCUUUACGCUAUUGGUGACAACCCGAUGGCUGAUAUUUAUGGUGCAAACCUGUACGACCGUUACCUCAAAUCGAUGCAUCACACCCGUGCGCAGGUGCAGGCGCAGGGCGGCUCGACCAGCCAGGUGACCGGAGACCUGCAUUGUGAAGCGUCCGACGAUGCCAAACGUUCAGGACAGGUGAUGGUGGGAGGCUCGUUCGAUCACCGUCUGCCCGAAGGCUGCAGCUCCAUCUUGGUCUGCACGGGCGUGUACAACCGCGACCACCAGGACUUGCCCUCCGACCCGGAACAGACGGUCACAGAGCAGCGGAUUUUCCACGGCCAUCGGGACUUCCGCUUCGACCCCAGCCUGACGCAGCCUUCCUUCAUCGUUCAUGACGUUCUGGAUGGAGUGGAGUUGGUCUUCCAGCUGGAGGGUUGGUCACUGCAGUAAAACAGUUUAUUACGCCACAUCUGCAUGCAAUGUGUCACGACUUCAUAGACGAAAUCAUAAUUCCAGUCUACAUGGGAAGUGUCCAUUGCGUCUUCAUAUUUUUUAAAUCUUUGUUUUUAGCGUCUUGAAUUUUUUUUUUUACAUGCUUUUGAGGUAUUUGAGCCAUUUUUCUUAUCUUUCAAAACUUAAAUGGGUUUACUUACAAAUAUCAUAUAUAAUAAUUGAAUGCAUUGUAUUUUAUUUGUUCAUUUGUUAUUUUAUUCGUUAUAUACUCAAGCAUGUAAUAUUUUUGGCCACUUGCAGUCUAAAUUGUGUUGCAUAAACAUGCUACUGGAUUUUGCCCACAAAUAUUCACAGAACAACUGUAAAUGGCCAUUUAAAGAAAAGGUUUAGGGAAUAAGAAAUAAAGAUGCAUUGUGAAGUUGCAUUUACUGGCAACAGCAGUUAAAGUAUUAAAAAAAUUAAAAAUGUUAUUGCGACUUUUUCUCUCACAAUUUUGACACUUUUUCUCAGAAUUGCGUAAUACAAACUCCCAAUUCUGGCUUUUUUUCUCAGAAUUCUAAGAAGUUAAGUCAGUAUUGUGAGAUAUAAACUCACAUUUGCAAGUUAUAGUCAGAAUUGGAUGACAUAAACACACAACUGCAAGUUAUAAAGUCAAAAUUGUGAGAUAUAAACUCGCAAUCAUGAGUUAUAAAGUCAUAAUUGAGAUAUAAACUGAGUCCCAAGUUAUAAAGUCAGAAUUACAAGAUAUAAACUCGCAAUCAUGAGUUAUAAAGUCAUAAUUGAGAUAUAAACUGAGUCCCAAGUCAUAAAGUCAGAAUUACAAGAUAUAAACUCGCAAUCAUGAGUUAUAAAUUCAUAAUUGAGAUAUAAACUCAGUCCCAAGUUAUAAAGCCAGAAUUACAAGAUAUAAACUCAGCCGCAAGUUAUAAAGUCAUAAUUGUAAGAUAUAAACUUGCACUCGUGAGUUAUAAAGUCAGAAUUGCAAGAUAUAAACUCACAAUCAGGAGUUAUAGUCCGAAUUGCGAGAUAUACACUUGCAAUUGUGAGAUAUUGUUAGAAAUGCAAGAUAUAAACUCACAAUUGCGAGUUAUGAAGUCAGAAUUGCAAAAUAUAAACUCGCAAUCGCGAGUUAUAGUCAGAAUUGCAUGUAGUUUAUAUCAUGCAAUUCUGACUAUAACUCACAAUUGCAAGUUAUAAAGGCAGAACUGUGAGAUAUAAACUUAUAAUCGCAAGUUAUAAAGUCAGAAUUGCGUGAUAAACUCAAUUGUGAGAAACAGAAUUGCAAGAUUAAAAGCUUGCAAUUAUGACUUUGUACUUGCAAAUGCGAGUUUGUAUCUCGCAAUUCAGAUUUUUUUUUCUCAGAAUUGUGAGUUACAAAGUCCAAUUUCAAGAGAAAACGAGACUGAUAUGUUCUCAAAAUUGCAAGCUUAUUUCUCAGAAUUGCUAGUUUGUAUCUUGCCAUUUUGACACUAACUCACAAUUAGCGAGUUUUUUAAAUCAUACAACUCUGACUUCAUUUUUCAGAAUUGUGAGUUUAUAUGUCAGUUCACAGUUCUGAGAAAAAGUCAGAAUAAAAAAAAAAAAAAAAAAAAA